AUGGCUGUCGAUGCGCAACAACGUCGAGCUCGCAAUAUCGGACUGGGAGCCAUUCUUCUCCUUGUAGCUAUCUGGACGUUCAGACUCUCCUACCCGAAUGACACUGUCAUCAAUAUCUAUUCCAAUCACACCAAAAAUUUAAAUUCAUCAGUUCCAGCAUUUUCCCUACCAAAUUUGUUCCUUGGAGAAAAGUCGAAUGCGACACUUGAAGCCAAACCCGUCUUGGAUGAAUUCGGGGAUUACUUCAAUGGAACCAUCUUCAACAAAGUGGCGGUGAUAAUCGAGGAUAGCUAUCGUCCUGAGGUGAUACCUCUGGUCCUCCACUUCGGCAGUGUUCUGGGCCCUACCUGGCCAAUACUCAUCUAUACUUCAAUCGAAGAAGUCGGCCGAUUUUCCACAUCUGCGGCACUCUCUCGGUAUCUUACACAAGGCCUCAUUCAAAUACGAAAUCUUCCACAAUCCGUCCUCUUCACCGAUCUCAAAGCCAGAAAUGAAUUCAUGACAGAUACAUGGUUGUGGGAGAAUCUUGCACCCGCAGAACACAUUCUACUUUUCAAUAGCGACAGCAUGUUAUGUUCUAAUGCAGCAACGAGCGUAGAUGAUUUCUUCGCUUAUGAUUUGGUGGGAACGCCACUCAAGGAUAAGGGGCAUAGAGGGGGUUUGAGUUUGAGGAAAAGGAGCAGCAUGUUGAGGGUUCUCGAUAGUUGGGAUUUUGCCGAGGAGCUCAAGAAGUGGGAGGCUCAGAAAAAGAAGAAAGAGGAUGUGAAGAAGAAGAAGGAGGAGGAAGAGAAGAAAAAGAAAGAGGAGGAAGAGAAAAAGAAGAAAGAGGCAGAAGAAAAGAAGGCAAAGGAAGCGGAAGCGAAGAAGAAAAUCCAAACGGAAGAGAAGAAAAAGAGGGACGAUGAGAGGAAGAAAAUAGCAGAGGGCCAAAAGGGCAAUCUGAAGGAGAAGGAAGGUAAGCUGGAUGACAAGAAAGAGAAAGAUAAAGAGAAGGGAGGCAAACAGGAUGUCAAGCAAGAUGUCAAGCAAGAUGUCAAGAAAGAGAAAGCUAAGGAAAAGGAAGCGAGGGAACAGAAGAGAGAGGAGAAGAGAAAGGAGGAAGAACCAGAGGAAGAAAUGGCAGAAGAUCAAUGGUUUCAAGAAAAGUACGUCCAACUUCUUCUCAAUUCCAUCAAAAGCACACUAACGAUAGAACUCAGAUUACGAAAAUUACGAGACGAUGAAGAAAACGUCGACAUUGACCCCGAAGCCGAUGGUGCAAUUAAUCUACCCACGGAAGAAAUUUCUCGCACAUUCAGUGUAGAGUCGAUCGAUUAUCCUCACCCAUUGGGACUACAUCGCGUACACAAGUGGAAGGCCGAUCAGAUGGAUAAAUUACAGGAUUGGUGUCCGGAAUAUAGAUUAUGUUCGGUACCGCAUCAUGGCAAGGAAUUUCCUACUUUUGAGGAUGGAGGUGUGGGUUGGUAG